CCGCUGACGCCGGGCCCGGGGCGCGCGCGUUCCCCCGGCGCCUCGCGCACGCCGCUGCACGCGCAUGCGCACAAGCCGCGCGCGCUCGAGCCCGCCGCCGACGACACGGCCGACUUGGAGGAGCUCGAGCAUUUCGCCAAGACCUUCAAGCAGCGCCGCAUUAAACUCGGGUUCACGCAGGGCGACGUGGGGCUCGCCAUGGGCAAGCUGUACGGUAACGACUUCUCGCAGACGACGAUUUCGCGCUUCGAGGCGCUCAACCUCAGCUUCAAGAACAUGUGCAAGCUGAAGCCGCUGCUGCAGAAGUGGUUAGAAGACGCGGACUCGUCGCUGGCGGGCGGCGGCGCGGCGCCUGGCGCGGGCGCGGCGCUGGCGGAGGCCGUGGGCCGUCGCCGCAAGAAACGCACCUCCAUCGAGUCAGGCGUCCGCGUCGCACUCGAGAAGGCCUUCCUCCACAACCCCAAACCCACCAGCGAGGAGAUCGCCGCGCUCGCCGACGCCCUUUGCAUGGAGAAGGAGGUCGUGCGCGUCUGGUUCUGCAACCGGCGACAGAAGGAAAAGCGAAUAAACCCUCCAGCGGGCGAGCCGGGCUCCGGGCCCCCGGCCGGGGGCGGCGGCGCGCUGCUGCCGGCCCUGCACGCGCUCGCGCCGCACGCCGCGCACGGCCAGCUCAGUGCGCACGCGCACGGUCAACACGCGCACGCGCACGCGCACGGCCCGCACGCGCUGCAAGCGGCGGCGCUGCAGCCGCUGGCGCUGCUAGCGCGGGCGCCCCCUCGCGACUGA